CUUAGCUCAGCAGAAUAUCUAAAUGGCUGCUACCAGUGAUGAACGAGAGGAGAAUGCUUUUCUUUCAUCUAGUAAGGAGCUAGAAGUAUUGAGAAAAAAUGUCAGCAAACUCCAAAUAGCAAUUAGUGAUCACAGAUUCUUGUCGAUGGAUCUUUAUUCAGCUGGACUGAUAUCUCUUCCAACUCUUCAAAAAGUGAAUGUUCCUCUUACUACAUCUGAUGCACAAAACUACGAGAUUAUAAAUAGUUUACUUCAAGUAGUAACCAUUACUCCUAGCAGUUUUCACAAGCUCCUCGAAGUACUAGAGAAGCAUCCAGGACCACUGACUCCUGUUGUCAAAGAAAUGAAAAAAGACUAUGGUAUCGUUGAAUCUUGUGAAUCUGAAUGCUCAUCACCUGUAAAGCAAGCAAAAAUCAGUGAUGACCAACAGAAAGAGAUAGUCAUUCCUGAUGGUCAAAGCAUACAAAAAGAUUAUGGUCGAAUGCUUGGGAAGUUAGCUAGAUUAGUGCUUCGUUUUCAGACAGUAGUUGAAAAGGCAAACAUCAAAAUUAAAGAUCUGAAACAAUAUGUCAUCUUACGUCAUCCUGAGUAUAAAGAUGAGCUAAGGGAAGCAAGUGAUAUUAAUGAAGUGUUUGUUAUAAUUCGAAGUAAACUUUGCACUCUCUUCAAUUAUGAAAUCCUAAGAGAAAUUGCUGAGUAUUUUAAUCUUUCUGUUGGAUUUAAAGUGAUACAAGAAUACGAAUCAGAGGAAGAGAAUUAUCGUAAACUAUUGAGUAGUUCCACACUUGCCAGUGAACUGCAGAGAGAAAAUGAAUUGCUUCAUCAAAAUUUAUCUCAUACAAAGGCCAUCAUUCUAAAGCUACAGAGAUGGUCACGACCACCAGCGCCAACAGUUGAUGAGUUUCGUGAAAUUAUUAAAGAUGUUUUUGUUGACCUUGGAGAUUUGCUUCAUAUUCUUGAAGUUAAGCCAGGUUCAAUCAUAAUUACAAUGAGUGCUCCUGAACGAGUGACAGGAACACUAAUAGCUCUGGCAAAGAGGAAAAUAGCUUAUCUUAAGGAUAUUGGAGUAACCUGGCUAACAAUUGGAGGCACUAUAAUUGUCAGUGACAUUGAAGACACAGAAGAGUUAUCACAUGAUGUUAUGGAACAAGACAUUGAAGACAAGCCCUCUUCCUCCAGUCCUAUUAAGGAAAAUAGUUCAGACAAUGUUAAUCAACUACCAAGUAGCUCACCAGUUGGAGCAGUUACUGGUACAGUGUCUCAGUUAAGUCGUCCAACAGUACAAGCUGUAGCAGAUGAUGGAGGAGAUGAUACUGAUCAAGGAAUGGGAACUGAUUCAGCUACUCCAAUUGUUGACAAAACAUGGCGUCAUUAUCCUAUCACACCAAGAGAAGUAAUGAUUAUUGGAUCCUUUGGUGAUCAUAAUAAUUGGCUGGAACAACAACACAUUAUAUCACCAAAAAUACUUACAACAGAGUUAUCAGAUGAAUGGAGGAAAGAAGAGAUUGAGAAGAUUGCAGGCUUGUAUAGCAGAAAUCCUGAUCAGUAUCACAUUAAAUCAGUCCAUUAUGAUUUACCAGGAGAAGAGCGAACUAAAGAAUAUUACAUGGAGGCAAUAAAACGACUUUUCAUUAACUGCAAACAGGACGGAGUUACUCUCCGUUACACUGGUCAUGGAGAGAAGGACACUGGUAACUGGUGCUUUAAAGAUGGAGUAAUAUCAUUCAAUGAUAUCUUUGAAUUAUACAUAAACCAUUUUAAAGGGAAGCCAUUAUCAAUAACAUCAGAUUGCAGUUAUUCUGGUAACUGGAUCAAUGAAUGUGGUAAAAGGUUAGAUGAGAUGAAUGUUCCAUCAUGUGGACACCACACAAGAGAGCAAGGGCUGUUGUUUAACAUAUUUACCUCUUGUGAACCUAAUGAAGAAGCUACUGCAUUAUGUUAUAUUAAUGAAGCUAAUGUGUAUAGUGAAGCACAUAAGGGAGUGAUACUUAGUGGUAAAAAAACACUAACAUCAGGACAGAAGACGAUGUUUAAUGACUUUAGAGACAUUUGUUGUAGUAAACCAGCUAAUGAAUCCUGUGAAGCUGAUACUGAUUGUACUUGGAAUGAUUACCUUAGUAACAAGUAUCAUCUUGUUUAUAUAGUUCGUGGCAAAGACAAAGGAUAUGCAGCCUGGCAUUUUGUGUUAGUUGAUGAAGAGAAACUUGUUGAUUUCAAAGCUCAAGUAGCUACUGGAAGCAUUGACCUUUCCAAAUAUGGUAAAAUAUUAGAGUCAGGAUGGGGUAAAGAUCCUCCUGAAGAUAUUGAAAGAAAGGUGAAUCUUCGAUUUGGUAAAUUACUGAAACCACUUUAGAUUACAGUAACAUGUGUACUAAAGGCUUGUACAAAAUGUGCUAAGUGCUAACAAUUAUUAUUAUUAUAAGAAUUAUACAUCAUGUAGUGUUUUUUAGCUUUAACAUGUGACUUUUUAUAUGAGUGUACUAAUUUGAUCACAAUGAGUGUGUGUCAUCGUACUGUACGAUCUAUGCUUUGUAGCAUGAGACCACAUCAGACCAGCAGCAAUUGACAUGCAUUUAGAUUUUUGAAGAGAAUUUUAUUUUGCAUUA